GACGACUCGGGAUCCGAAGGUGGCCGACCACUGAGCGACGGCCGGCCGCUGAGCUUCAUCGGAGGUCCAUCGCCCUACCAAGAGCAGCUUCCACGACCUCCCCCAGAAGAUCAGCUUUUGUCUGUCGACACUCGAAGGGGACUCCCGCGCUCCGAAGCCGAUGCACCCGUUCUCGACACUACGUCCAUUAACGGUGGCCCAGGCAAAAAACCUCAAGCGCUUUCGCCGACCCAACGAAGCAACUCGUUUGAACAAUCGCCUAAAUCGCCCCUCUCACCAACUCUGUCGCUUCGCGAUGUUCAGGACUCUCAGUUCUCCUUAACCAACAUCGACAACCCGAAUGACAUUGCCCAGGAACUGAGCAACCUGCAAGCCCUGAGACGAUUAUCCAUGGACGUUGCAAACAACAAGGAUCCAGAUUUGCCGCCCAUGUCCUUGAUGGCUAUGCCAGCAAUCGCUCCGACCGGAGAUGAUGACGAAAAUGAUCCUUCGAGACUGCUCUGGGUUCCAGCAAGAGUGCACCCUGAGCUCGCACCGACCGAAUUCAAGUCAUUCCUCGAGAACCGAGUCCAUUCGAUCCGACGAAGAUCCGGUGAUUCCUUCCUCUCCGCCGAUAGCGAGACAAGCCAGACCGACUCGACAUCUGGAGGCUUGAGGCGGAAAAAGUCGAUGCUAUCACGUCAGAUCGACAACUCCGGAGGGUACGUCGACGGCGCUGAUCGGCUGGAGAGGAAACGUUCCCGCGGCCAUAGCCAUGAGCUUAGCCUGGAAGAGCUCGUCAAGGAUCCCACAAAGGCUGUACAGAAGCUUGCACAAGAGUCUCAAGUUCCACCAACAGGCCCUGAGAGUAGUGCAGACGACAUGCCGAUCUUGCCCGCAGUCCCGGGAAUGGGCCUUCGCAGAUCAACACGCACACAAUACCGCAAGGGUGGAAGUUUACGUUCGGGUGGCCCCCUCUCUAGGCGUGCUGGACAUCGGCAUCAGCCAAGUCAAUCCACCGAAUCGCUCUCGUCCACCUUGGAUGCCCCCAAGGGCUUUGGGCUCACACGAGUCCAGUCAGAGCCCCUGUCAGAAAACCAUUCGCGUCCAAAUCGCUCAAUCAAGCGAACACACAAGUUCUCGCAAGAGUCACUGGGGGAUUAUGAUUAUGAAGGCACCACUCAGGACACAGAGGAUAAGGCUGCAGCAACAGCUGGUGAAACGUUUCAAGAUCAGCUCCCUAUCCGGUCAUCUUCGAAUAUGCCUACUAUUGAAACAUCAAGCCAUGAUGAGGCUUCGCCUUUCCCCAAGCGAUCAUCGUCUCAGAAAACGGGCUCUCAGGCUGUUUCACAAGGGGCCUCUGAACCAGAACCACCUGUGGAGGAGUCUCCUCGCUCAAGCCGACGGUCUGUGAGUCGACAGACAGUACCACAGUCGUCACAACCACAGUAUACUUCUCGCUCUUCAUAUCCUCAAGGCCAAUCCUUGAGCGAUAACCUGGCGGCAAAUCCUGCACCUCUCCCUGGCGGCGGCGCGACCCGGACAGAUAGCCUAACAUUUAUUCCCACAUUACCCCAGGAGGAACGGAAACCAGAAAAGAAGUCAAAGAAGGACCGAGAUGACGACUCUAGCUCCACCAAGUCCUCUGGAAGCGCCUGGAAAUGGUUCAAGAGCGGGACCGAUGAUAAGGACAAGAAGAAGGAGGAGAGCAGAAAGUCCAAGACCAAGUCAGUUGGUGACAAGGGCCAAGACAACGCACGACUGGACGUGAUCCAGACUUCUAUCGACAAGAAUUCGUCAAAGGGCCGCGAAAGCCUGGUUCUUGAUCGUGACAACGUUGAAAGCAAGCUGCAAGAGGAACGCAAGAAGGAAAGCCACCGCAAGAGCGACUCAAAGAGGGACAAAGACGGCAUCUUCGCCUCUUUCUUUGGCGGAAGCAAGAAGAAGGAGGAGAAAGAGAAAGAGAAGAACGCCAAGAAGAGCCAACAUCUCAAGGUCCCCGAGGAGCCGGUAUACAAGCCAUUGGUCCCUGAUAUGGACUACCAUUGGACUCGAUUCCCUCUCCUCGAGGAGAGGGCGAUCUACCGAAUGGCCCACAUCAAGUUGGCCAACCCCCGACGGUCACUCCUCAGCCAAGUGCUGCUGAGUAACUUUAUGUACAGUUAUUUGGCUAUCGUACAAGCUAUGCAUCCUCAAAUGAAUGUGCCGAUUUCGCCCCAACAGAAGCGGCUGGAAGAGGAAGCUCGGCGGAAACAGCAAGAAGAGGAGUACCUGGCCCAGCAAAGGCAGGAGGAGCAAGAUGCCCAGGAUUCCAUCGACCAAUACAACUUCGAUUAUCACCGGGCGGCAGUGCAAUAUGCUGACUCUGGUGACGGAGAGGUGGAUUAUGUCGAUGAUGCUCAGAUCUACGAAGAUGAGCACGGCAAAGACCACCAUGAUGACUACGACUACGAUGGAUCCGAUGGUUAUGGCCAGGGGGUCAAGGAGUACUACCAGUACCACGACACAGGAGACGAUCGAGAUCGUCGGCAUGACGGGCGGGAUGACAUGUGGUGA